AUGGGUGUUCUGCCUUUUCUUUCUCUUGUUUUACCUGCUGUAUCUCAGAGUAUCCCCGGUGCAAGCUUUUUCAAAGGUGGCGGUAUAGCUGGAUCAGGAGCAUACGAAUUGGUCGAUGACUACCAGCCCAGCGUGUUCUUCAGUAAAUUCAACUUUUACAACGUAUAUCUAGCUGACGCUCUCAGAUAUGUAAACGAAUCUGUUGCCACUACGAAUGGCUACGCGACAACCCUCAAUGACAGCGUCACGAUCAGUGUUGAUACAACGAACAAAUGGCCGAAUGGUGGAUCAGGAAGACCAGCUGUCAGAAUUAUCAGUGACAACACAUACACUCACGGUCUCUUCGUCUUGGACCUGAGCCACAUGCCGUAUGGUUGUGGAACAUGGCCGGCUUUCUGGCUCCUUGGACCAGAUUGGCCAGGCAAUGGCGAGAUAGAUAUCAUCGAAGGUGUACACACAAGCGACUCAAACACCGUUUCCAUGCACUCAAGUCCGAAUUGCACCGUUGCUGGUUCUGGACAAACCGGUCUCUUCACGAAUGCCAACUGCGACAGCAAUGCAAACGGCAACUCUGGAUGUGGAAGUAUGUCAAACAACACCGCAACCUCCAACAACUAUGGACAAGGAUUGAGCAACAACGGUGGUGGUGUUUACAUCACCGAAUGGACAUCGGCUUAUGUCCGUGUCUGGUUCUUCCCUCGUGGUGGUAUCCCCGCAAGUGUUACUGAUGGCUCUCCUGAUGUUUCCGAGUUUGGAUUACCCAUGGCAAAUUUCCAAGGUUCCUGCGACAUUGACAGUCAUUUCGCUAACCACAGUAUCAUUAUCAACACUGACUUUUGUGGUGCAUGGGCUGGGUUCGCCUACUCCAACUUUGCGAACUGUCCGUUGACGGCCGGUAUGAAUGGCUACGACUCGUGUGUCGACUUUGUGGGCAACAACCCACAGAACUUCACACAGGCAUACUGGGAGAUCAAUUCGAUCAAAGUCUAUCAACUCCCAGUCAAUGUGGACCCAUCCUCUGUUCCGACCAGCACUGCACCGUUGACUUCAUCAUCACCCGUCAGUGUCAGCGGAAGUAUCAUCAAUCCUGGUAUGGUGUCUUCUACUGUCUCAUCUACAGCCACCGUACUGGCCACUCCACUCAUUUGCUUCCCAUACGAUGGCAAGACUUACACGGAUUACAAUGGGCAAAAUUACACCAUCAACUGUGGAUAUGAUCUCACUGGUCAAAAUCUAAACGGGAACGGUCAGUCAGUGAAUAGCUUCGAAGCUUGCAUCGAGCUUUGCGACAGUACAGCUGGGUGUGGUGGAGUUACACACGUUGGUGGCAACGGAGCUGGAACUUGCAUCCUGAAAACCGGUCAAGGCAGUCUGGUAUAUGAUGGUCACACAUUUGUUGCUGUGUUGGCCUCCGUCAGCUCCAGAGCCUCUUCCACGGUAUCGGCAGCGGCUUCAUCGACAACCUCUCUCUCCUCUACGCCUCCCAAGACUGCUACUCUCCGACCAACUGCCCAGGCAUCGACUUGCCCGGAGGCUAACAACAACGUGUAUGUUGAUGAAAACGUGGUCGACUACAACGUUUAUUGCUCUUCAGACACAUAUGCCACUACCUUUAACGACACCACGAUCGGAAGUGGUGGUUUCACGGCCUGCUUCACCAUCUGCGAUGUCACACCAGAUUGUGUUGGAUUCACAUUCGAAGGUGAAUCGGCAGGCACUUGCCACUUCAAGAAUCAGUUCGGUAACAUCUUGUCGGCUCCUUCCAACUUCGUGCUUGCUUUCCUCUCGUCAGGUCAGAAUUCGACUUCGAAUGUCUCGUCCGCGGCUUCCACGAGUUUGACAAUGGUCAGCACAAGUGUCCUUCCUAGUUUGUCCACAUCCACGUCGUCCGCCUUGACAUAUUCGGUCCAGAGCUCCACUCUGAGCUCGAGUGCUCCUGCCACAUCUACGACUGCUUCUUCUUUAUCGUCAUUGUCAUUGUCAACAUCUCAAAGCACCUCACUUUCCUCGUCGGCAACGUCAACUUUGGCAUUGACAACUUCCUCCACAAGCCCUCAAACUAUCGUCUACUAUGUCGCUCCUCCAUGCCCUUCGUCCAAAGACAACAUCUGUGACACCAAUACACCGACGACCUGCUCAAAUGCCCAUGGCGCAAACUUCGACGUUAACUGCGGAAAGGCAUACACCGGAACAGAGAUGACCAGGAGCAAAUUACGCAUCAUGAAGCGUGUGACUGAGCCUACCUACACUGAUUGUCUCAAUCUCUGUGAUGGCACCUCUGGCUGUGUCGGUGUCAAUUACAAAGGUGAUGAAUGCACACUGUUCAGUGAGAUUACAGGUACCAUUCCUGAUCCUGACAAUGUCGCUGCUACCCUCUUGCCUCCCGUGCCAAUCACGCCCACGACAUCAGACGCUGCAACAUCAACACCGACAGCAUCUACACUGCCAACGUCCAGCUCCAGCUCCGUCUCCCUAUCGAGUAGCUCAUCUAUCUCUUCUCCUUCCUCGUCAGCUGCAUCGCCGUCUCCUGCCGUUCCAAUGUGUCCUGGAGCUGCUGGUCAAACCUACACAGAUUCGAACGGAGCCAACUACACCGUCGCUUGUAAUCUGAACGUCCAGGGAGGUGAUCUUUCAAGUCCCUACCGCGCUGCUUCCAUCCUGAACUGUUUGCCUAGCUGCGAUGUCACAUCAGGCUGUAUCGGUGUUGUCUACGACACGGCAGCGUCUUCCUGUCAGAUGAAGUCUACCUUCACCGGCACUCAGGUACCCGGCGCAAACUUCAUGAUCGCUGCACGAGCCAGUAUGUCAAGCGCCAGUAUCAGCAGUAGUGCGACGAUCACCAUCACCACAUUGACUGGAGGCGGCACGUAUGAGUCUUCUCCGGUGGCUACUGCUACUGGCGGCGCAUGCUCUGCCCCGGCAUCCGGUUCUGUGGGGACAACCACCGUGUUCACCACGGCAACGGUCACUGCUUGCCCAACCCCUGGUAUGUGUCCACAAGAAGGCUUCGGCUGGGGCGGUACACUGUUUGGAUCCAACUUCAGCAGCUUCGGCAUGGCUCCUCAAACCAUCAGCGGAGGUAUUGGAUCUGUUGUCAACGGCGGAUCUGGAGGUUCUCCCACCUCGACUGUUAUCGUCACUGGCUCUGCUCCAAGCAAUGGAGCCGCAGCAGUACCAGUGUGUCCUGGUUCAAACGGCAAUGUCUUUACUGACAGUUUGGGUCAAGUCUAUGAGAUUGGUUGCGGAAGACUCAUUACUGACGAGACAAUUUCAACCUCGAAUGUGAGCUCUCUCACCUCAUGCAUCGAUGCUUGCGACAUGUACAACAUCCAGAACUUCAACUAUCCCAGCGGCUGUUUGGGUGUUUCGUUCUAUCCAGCUCUUGCCGCAGGCAAUUGCGAGUUGAAAACUGGCUCUACCAACGUAACCUCUCCUGAUGCUGACUCUGCUCGCCUCCUUUCGAGAGCGGUUGACCCGGGUAAUAGCACAACUGGCAACGGAGGCCAGACCGUUGUUUCUACUGCCUCGGGAGGAGGAGGUGGUGGGCAAGUGAUCACGAUCACAGCCGGUGGUGGCAACUACAUUACUGUCACACAGGUCGUAACGAGUUAUGCCAGCCCUACGAGUAGCCCCUGGCACCAAUACCUGGAGUUGCCCCCUGAACUUUUGGUUUCGUGGCAAAUCUGGGUGGGUAAUCCUAGUAUCUAA